UAUUCCCUGAGUAUCACAGUGAACAGUUCCUGUGGGCUUGGAGUGAGAGUUUGUCUGCAUGAUCACAUGCUACUGCUAACUAUUAUGGCUUCAAAUGAAACUUAUGUGAUUUGGGAAAUACUUAAACCUAUUGAUGUUGAGAAGCUCAUCCUGGCGUUCUCCUUGUCCAUAUUAAUUGGUCUGCUCAUCGGGAUCUUGAUUUUCCUCCUCCUUACAUGGAUGUCAAGACGGAGAGCUUCGGUCAGGAUCGCCGGAGGUCAAAACCAAUCAUCAGAAUCCAGGGGCUCACGUAACCAGCACUGCCACCUCAGACACUACAAGAGUCACGGCUUCGACAAGAACAGCGAAUCUGUGGGAAGAGUGGUUUUAAACCUUCACAGACAGACUUCUGUAGACCCCAAUGAGCUGCUGGGUAGAAGCCCCAGCUUCCAGAACUCCACGUUUCGGCUGCCAAAAAAAAAGUCUAACAAGACUGGUGAUCAAACAGAGAAUGAAAGCCAAACUGCAUCACUUCCUAACAACACAGAUCCAUUUAGUGCAGAACCAGCGGAGUCCUUCUGGCUGGGGAAGGGCAGUCUAAGAGGUUUUCUACCCAGACAGACUCCACCACCUGCUUAUGACAGUGUCAUCCACAUCUCUCAAGAGUCCUGUACCUGACAGCACUGUGAUAACAGAUAAAGGACUUGCAAAGCAUCGUAUAUAAAUCCCAAAACACGGAUUAAAGGUGACAAAUAGGAAAAAAUAUAACUGAAAGCCUUGCUCUGAUUUGACAGGAUCUGAUUUAUGCUGUACUAACACUCAUUUGCAUUACUUUCAUUGGUGGUAACACACUAUUAGUAUGGUGCAUUAACUCACAUUUACAAACAAUAAGCAAUACAUUUAAUAGUAAUUAUUAAUUACAACUGUUCAUUGUUAGAUCAUGUGCCCUCUGGAUUUUAUGCAUUAACAUAACAUUUAUGCAUUAAGCAGACACCUUUAUCCAAAGUGCCUUACAAAGGUGGAACAAGGAAUUCGUCAAAAAGUCAACAAUACACAAUGACAAGCUUAUCAGAUAACUAGGAUGUAUAAGCAAAUGCUUUAAUUAACAUUAACUAAGAUUAAUAAUUGCAGUCUAUAAGUAUUUUUCAUUGUUAGUUCAAUGUAUUUAAUCAAUGUUAACAAAGUAAACCUUAUUGGGACCUUAUUGAUCCUGAA